GAAUCAUGCUGUCAUGGGAUUACCCGUUUGCUGCAAAGCAAAGGUAAAAAAAACUCAACUUCGUUCAAAACAGCGACAGAUCACCCAACGCAAUCAAGAAGAAGAGAGUUAUUUCUAAUUUUAAGGGACGUUGGUAUCAAGAUUUGAAAAUGUCUGAAGACAACUGUGAAGCAAGUAUGGUAUUCGUCGAGGCCUUAACAGGAGAGGAAAGUAUUGAAGUAGUCCGAGAAUCUCCUGAAGGCAGUACUACCGUAGAGGAACCCGAAAUUACUAACUCGACAAAUGCAACAGCCAAGUCAGAUGUGACCCAAGAGAGGCAAGAUAUUGCAAAGGCACAAGCUCUUCCCAGUGAAACCAAAGGAGGAUUAUUUUACAGCAAUCAGGAGAGCUUAAACCAACAAAAAUCCAGGGUUAAAUCCAAACCAAGGAUUGAUGAGCACAUCCAAGAAUGCAUCUCUUCACUGGCAGAGCUCUUACAGACACCAGAAUACGCAACCCUCCACCCUAUUGGACAGGAAGUCAAGGGGCUGCUAUCCAGUGCUAUUAGGUUUGCAAAUGACAGCUCCACGUCAUUAAGCUCUGCGAACCAGAUCUUGGAGAGCAGCCUUGAGGUUUUUAAGGAGGCAUGUCAGGGUAUCGCUGAGAAGUUUGAGCUGUCUGCUGAGAGCACCUCAGCCUUGGCUGAAUUUAAGAGGUGCGAGAGGGAAAGGCAAGAGCUGAUGAAAAGGGCAAGGAUGAAUGAGGCAGAUAUGAAAAGAGAAGAGGGACUUCACCACUUGGAGAGAUCUAUUGAAUCUGCAAAGAAAGAUGCAUCAAAGGUACUUGAAAGACAGAGAAAGGAGGAGGAGGCGCAAGUUUUACGCAGGUUCAGAGAAAAGAAAGAGGACACAGAGACCUUGGUGAAUGACGAGCUUAAUGAGCUCAGCACCAUGAGUGACUACUGUGAAGAUGAUAUACAGAAAACAGAGCAAAGCUUGGAAUACCUUGGUAAUUUAGCAGAGACAGCCUUUUUGAAGUACACUGAAACAGAUAAGGACCUGUGCAAAAAAGUCCAAGAGAACCGUGCUGAGCAGGAGGAACUGAGGCGCAGGCUGAAGGCUCUUCAGGAAGCAGAACAAGCCCUGGAAGAAGAAAGACAGUGUAGGACAAAGAUGCAAGAACGAGCAGAGCAGUCUGUGGAAAGAGCAAGAGAGGAGAUGACAGACUGGAAGAGACAAAUAGAGGAGCUGAGUGGAUGUUGCCGAGCAGCACUGACAGUGAUGUACCAAUUCCAAGAGGGGUCGGCUAAGUUGAUUGACAGCUCCAUAGCCAAUAAGAUUGAGGAGGAAAAGCGCCUGCAUGAGAUGGACAUCAUGGCCCAGCGUGCACUGCGAGAUGCGCUGGCAGCUGCAGCAGUGGAAGCCCAACAAACAGUUGAAACGUGCAACAGCAACUUGGACAUGCUUAGACAGAGGAUGAAAGCAAAGAAGGAAGAGCGGACUAACGCGGCCAAGAGUAACCUGACCGUGUUUGUCGAGGAGCUCACUAAAGAAUACAACAAGUACAAGGAGUCGUACAGCCAGUUCCAGCAAACAAAGGCCCAGAACGAACAGAACCUUGCCUCUUACAAGCAGCAGCUGGCCAGUGCAGACGAAAGACUGCAGGCUCUGGGAGAGGUCAUUGAGUCCUUUGAGGACAUCUAUGCGAAGAUCUUGAGAGAGAAAGAAGCCAUUUGGGCAGUUGAUGAUGACAACGAAAGUCUGAACUCACUGGAUGACUUGAACUGAGGAGUAGCGCUGAUUGUCGUUGAUAUUUGGGGACUUAACAGUCAAUCAGAACUUAUAGUGGAUUAGCUAUAUUUGUUGAAUGAACUGGGGAGUAGCGCUGAUUGUCGUUGAUAUUUGGGGACUGAACAGUCAAUCAGAAUUUAUAAUGUAUUAGCUAUACUUGUUAAAUAAGGCCUACCGGAAGAGUUCAAGACAUCAGCAAAUUUCUAAAGGGGAUUGCACCAUUGGCCCCGCCCUUGAUCCCCUUUUAAAAGGGAAAGAACGUGGAGUCUUGUUCUCUAUGUUUUUGUGAUGAACAAUCAUUCUACAUACAGAACCUGAAUACUAAUUGUUCUGUUUGGGACACUGGAUAUGUUUUCUUGACUUUGAUCGAUAGGUUUUAAAAUUCAAGAAGGUCAAGAUAAGUUUUGCGCGUUUUUACAAUCGUUAAAAAAUACCUUGUCCUCGUCGUUUUUUUUUUUUUUUUUUUUUUUGUAAACGUUGAAUUGUGGGACUUUACGAGUAGGCUGGCCAUUUUCUAAAUACGCCACAAAUGCGAUAGGCAAAAGACAUUUAAGAUUUUAGUAAUCUACUUUGAAUAAUAACCGCUGAGAUCCGUAAUACACUUGGUGUACAUUAUCUUACUAAUAAUCGAACAUAGCUGUUAUGCUGUACAUAAAAUUAGUGUAUCAAACAUGUAUAUUUAAAGACAGUAUAGGAUGUCGUAGAUACAAUAAAUAUUUGUUUUGGCA